GGUAAAGUUUGUAGCGUAGAGGCAUCCUGCUCACUUUUGUGUUGUCAGCCUUAUCUCAAUCUAGUUGAGGUUCAGGGACGUAAGGCGGUUUUGAUUUGCAAGUGGGCCAGAUCUGUCUGAUACACUGCUCUCAGAAUGCAUCCGUUCACCACUAUAGCUGUGUUGGUCCUUGGUUGCUUUGCAGUCCUGGGCAACUGUGCCCCGAGCUUGAAUUCAAAGAGAACGAAUGCGGUUUGUCGAGUUGAAGAACGAUUACUGCGACAAAUGAGGCACAAGGUCCACGUGUUGUCUAGAGAUGCUCAAAGGCAGGACGAGGACACGGACACCAGGCUGGUGGGAAAGGAGCUAUUCCGAGGGCUAGAGGAAUCUGGCAGCUGCUACGUGCUCAGAGAAGUGAUUGACUUCUAUCUUAUAACAGUUCUGAACUCCGCCGAAUUGCAGGCCAAGUACCGGCACCUGGACGAGGUGAAGGAGUUUCUCACCGUCCUGAUGAAACGGCACAUGUCUGAUUGCGAUACAGAGGAGAAAAUGCAAGCCAACGAAAACAUUGAGCGACUGAAGCAGAAAGUGGACCAGCUGGGCGAGGCGAGUAAGGCCAAGGUUGUGGGGGAACUUUUCAUCCUCCUUCAGGAGAUAGGGAGCCGCUGCUCAACCGCUGAAAGAUAACCUGGCGACGAGGGGAAACCAGGAAUCGAUGGAUGAGGAAAGGGCUCAAGACACAAGGACACUGUGAUAGUUUCUCAAGAACACGUUUUGUUAACUUACCAAAUGAAAUAUAUUUAUUUCUGAUGUAUUUAUUGUGUAUAACGUUAUACACAUUCAUUGUAAUUACUUACAGUAAGUUAUGUAGCAAUCUAUAUUGCAUUGUUAAUGAGCACUUGUAACAUUCUAUAUUUAAACUUAUUAUUUAGAAAUUUGAAGGUUGUCUUUUAUAAAAUAAACACAUAUUUGAAAUUAAACAAACCACGUGUUAUUCGUUCAUUUUUUUUUGUGAAUGACGUGCGGAACAUUCUGAAGAAGGGUCUCGAUCCGAAACGUCACCCAUGCUUUCUCUCCAGAGAUGCUGCCUGUCCCGCUGAGUUACUCCAGUUUUGUCCAUCUAUGGUGUGAACCAGUAUCUGGAUUUUUUUCCUACACAGUUUUCUGUACAACCCAUUCUGUGAUUGGCAAAGCAGCCGACGAAGUCUUCUAGUGUUUUAAUGCAACCUCGGCACUGCUUGCUAUGAUAAACAGCCAACCGAGUGUCACUGGGAAACACUUAGGUGCCGCGUAACACACUAGACUCCCCUUUAAAUCUGAAUGGUGCGGUGGCUUAGAUAACAUAAAUGGUUUUUAAAAAAAAGUUAUCUAUUUUGUAUUUAAUAGUUUUAACAGCUGGUAACUUGUGACCAAAACCCACCAAUACAACACGGUUAAGUGGGAACAGGUUAACAAAUAGUUGGGAUUUUAACUUUCCGUUGAAGUUAUCCGAGAAAAUCAAACAUGAAGGCGAAUGAUUUGAUUCUUUUUUCUUAUUUUGUUGUCGUCCAAACGUCUUAAUUUUAGAGGGAUCUGCCAAGAAUUACUUUUCCGCGGGUAAAGUAGUAAACAUCCGGUCGGUACAAUGAACACAUAUUGUUUUACCAUCACAGAAAUAACACAGAAAUAACUAAAACCGUAUUCUGUCAAAUAAAGUACUUAAAAGCCGAGUUACUGCCUUUUCACACGGAGAAACAGGACCGUCGCUUUGGCCUUUAAACGGCAGAAUAGCGGAACAUCUAAUGUGGAUGGAGAGUUCCUCACAAAAACCAUUACCAGCAGAAACAUUCCUCCAUCUCAUAAAUAAACCCAACGUCCAGAAAUGACAGGGUCACCGAAAGGAUAAAGUCAAGCUCGCUUGGCGGAAGAUGCUGAGGAGAAAGUUUGUUGCUAUUAUGUAAUGGAGUCCGUUGCACAAAACAUAGACAGAGAACAGAACAGCACAGGAACAGGCCUUUCGGCCCACAAUGUCCAUGCUGAACAUGAUGCCACAUUAUAUUAAUCUCCCGUUUGUACGUGAUCCACACCCUUUUAGUUCCUGCAUUUGAAACAUUUAAAAUUACAUUAUCCGAUUAAUGUAAUGUCAACCUGACCAGGGUAAGAUGUAAAAUGUAAAAUGUUUCGCCGUUCUCUAUAAGAGAAAAACUAUUCACCACUGGUGGUAGAAUCUGGAUUGGAGUUGAUGGGAAUGUGAAGAGAUUAAAAAGGGGCUAGUA